AUCAAUUUCGACCUUCAAAGUCCUAAUAUACUCGGAUCCGGAUAUGUCUCAUCAUUAGGACGGGCAUCAUGCUCUUGUCAAGAUGCUGUCCCCAGUACCCGCGUCUGGCCCGGCGGAAAUCGGGUCCUUGACUGCACACUCACUGGAAGAAAGUGAGUUUGUCGGCAGCUCCAGCGGCGUCUACUUCAUCAAGACAGUCCGACGGGCUUUUUCCCACAGUCUGGACCCAUUAGAUGCUUCGUCUUCUAGCCAGGAGUUCCCACCUCCGGAAGAUACUCUAGUAGGCAGUGAGGGCUUGCCGUCUGCCCGAAGAUCAACGUCAUUGCCUGCCGCAACACUUCCAACCGCUCAAGGGAAUAGCCAUGCCUCGCGACAAUUGAGAUAUGACCCCACGGUGGCAGCAAUCCUGGGAAAGUUCCCACCGCUGGAUAUAGCCCGGGAGCUGAUGAUGAUGUACUUCAAAGUCUGGCAUCCGCUGUUUCCGUUCUUGCACGGUCCGUCGUUCUUGAACUCCAUGGAAGCGUUAUGCUCCGAACGACAUCAGUCGGCCACCGAGGCUUUGCCUUUAGAGGAGCAUCGAAGUGCUUGCUGGACGACCAUCUUCCAAUGUGUCUUCAAUCUGGCCAGUCUACUUUGUCCAGAGAUCGAUUUACCUCGUGAAUCGCGCAUCGAGUCAUCUAAUAACAUGCACGCUUUACUUGGAACCCUAUCCUGCAGACAUGACAUCCUCUCUGUGCAGGCGCUGCUCGCCUCGCAACUAUAUCUCGUAGCUAAGAUGUCACUUCGGACAGCCUCCACCGUCGGUGGCUGUAUGCUUCGAUCUAUACUGCAUGCGGGUCUACAUCGUUGUCCAUAUCGCUACAAGGAACUUACCUCUCAUGAUCGGCAGCUACGCAAGCGGAUUUUCUGGUCUGCAUACGCCAUCGAUCGAUACUUGAGCCAAACGCUUGGUCUGCCUCUUGGAAUCCAAGACUCCGAUAUUGACGUUUGCCCGCCUUUGGCUUCCGAGAUCCACAUCCCAGGUUCUUAUGAGAGGAUCAACGCCAUCAGACGUGCGAUUACCCCCAGCACUGCAGGAUCCUCGCCCAUCUCUACAGAAGACCGAUUGCGCAGGCUCGAGAGGUCAGCGUAUAGCCAACAGCCACUGUCCGCAACACCAAGACAUUCCGCCGAAGACAACGAGCAGCACGGGCGAGAGCUCGUGUUCGCAAGUUACGUCGAGUCCGGGAAACUAACAGGGCGAGCGAUCGAGCUGUUCCACAAGUCCAUCCUUGUCCGCUCCGUCCCUCACAGCUCAGUGCUCUUCCUCAUCACCGACGUCCACAAGUGGUGGAAUAGUCUCUCGAUCGAGUCUCUCCAGCAAGGAGGGGCCCAUCAAACUGUCGCACCACCACCACCACCACCACCACCCUCCUCCGAGGGCCCCAACCCAGCAGCAACAGUCGCGACAAACCCCAACGCCCCGUUCAACUUCGCCCCCUUCUUCACCGUCCUCUACCAACACCUCAUCCUCCUCAUCAACCGUCCCUCCCUCUCCCUCAACCCGUCCAGCCCGGAAUUCUGCUCCGGCCUCCAAACCUGCAUCGGCGCCGCCCGCGAGAUCCUCGCAGCCUUGACCACCCAGCAAGAAAGCGGACAGGCGUUCUUCUGGCCCGGGUUUCUAUCGGCGGCAUGGAUGUCCGGUCUCGUGCUCGCAUUUGCAUGUCAACUCCGCCAAUACGUGUUGUCCAAAGGAUCCCAAGAGAUCUCCAAAUGCCUCACCAUCCUAGAAAACAUGGCCCACCAAUGGGAAACCGCCAAACAAUGCCACAAAUCCCUCUCCCUUCUCUCCCGCUACAUUCACCACCACCACCACCACCAGAACACCACAGCUUCCAUCGCACGACGACCCUCAACCGACACACCAGCCAUCACGCGCAAACGCACCUUCAAUGACGACUUGCAGCAAGCAUCAGACCAUCCAGCACCCAGCGGUCGCCAUCGCAGACCUCCUCCACCACCUCCACCACCUCCUCCUCCUUCUGGUGCAGCAGCAGCAGCAGCAGCAGCAAGCACCAAUCCACCAUCAAACAACCACCUAUCUGCUCGCGAUCCCAUCACGGCCACCACCAAUCCAACCAACACCACGAAUAACAUCCAUAAUGAUAACGACGAGGGAGAUGCCCGACAUCCCACGACCACGCGCAACAGCAAUGUUCAGGCGGAACUCUCGCUGGACCCGGGACUCGUGGGGGGCGACAAUCACGAUCGAUCCACGUGGGGCGACGAUGACCACCCGGGUUCAACAAUCUCGGGGUUCGCGGCCAUGGACGGCGUAGAUGCGGACAUGAUGGAUCUGUUGCAGGGGAGUAACUUUGACGAUCUGGCAGAUAUGUUUGGACAGCAGUUCCCUACUUUCUAGAUUUAUGGAUGGCAUGCCUGCCCUGUAUAGUAUAUAUACUCACGUUGUAGCUGCCUCCCCGCGGACAACAUAGACAGCUAGUGAACUUCGUGACAAUCAACUACGAAAACUUGGCUAGGAUAUUUUACUGGAGAAUCAAGGACCAG